AUAAAGAAACAGGGGAAAUAUUGGCUUAAUAUAAAAGAAAACGAAGCGAAACUUUGUAUCAAAAGACAAAGAAGUAAUCUGGUACAUAUACAUAUAUAGGUGCAGGAGAAGGACCAUCGUCUCUUUUCUCAUUCCCAUCUCUAUCCUCUCUUCUCUCCCGUUAAAAUCCAGUGUUUAAGGGAAGGGGCUACUCUGCGAGAUUUCUGGGUCUAUAUUAUAUAUAGCCCCUGCGAUCUUUCUUUUUUAUCGCUGACAAACUCAAUUUACUGCUAUCGAUCCCUCUCCCUCUCCCUCUCUCUCUCUCUCUCUCUCUUCUGUGUUGUGUGUAAAAAGUUGGUAUGAUAUUCGGACAAUAAACGCUGUCAACACCAUAAAAAGUUUAAACGACGAAAGAAAAAGUUUGAAGAAAAAAAAUGCUGGAAACUCUCAAGUACCUGAUCGGCUCAGCCGGACCUAGUGGCUACGGCUCCAAAUCGACUGCCGAACAAGUCACCGAUAACUGCGUGGACUUACGCACCUCCACCGCCAUCAUCACCGGAGAGAAAGAGAAAGAGAAAGAGAAAGAGAAUCCUCCUUUUUUAUUUAAUUUUCUUCGGAUGAAGUAUUAAAAAAUAAUAAUAGCAAUCGAAUCUACUACGUUAAGUAUUAAUUUGUUGAUAAUUAGAUGGAUUUUGAUGUUACAAGGUGCGACGUCGGGAAUCGGAGCUGAGACGGCUCGAGUCCUGGCUAAGCGCGGAGUUCGUCUCGUCAUUCCUGCUCGAAACCUGAAAGCUGCGGAGGAAACAAAGGCUCGUAUCACAUCAGAGUUUCCUGAUUCCAAAAUCAUCGUCAUGCGUCUCGAUCUUAGUUCUCUCAAAUCCGUGAGGAGCUUCGUUUCUGAUUUUGAAGCUCUCGAUUUGCCUCUGAACCUCCUCAUCAACAACGCCGGUAAAUUCGCACACGAUCACGGGAUAUCCGAAGACGGGAUCGAGAUGACGUUUGCAACUAAUUAUCUCGGUCAUUUUCUGUUAACGAAACUGUUGCUGAAGAAGAUGAUAGCGACGGCGAAAUCAACAGGCGUUCAAGGACGAAUAGUAAACGUAUCGUCCGGCAUCCAUACCUGGUUUUCCGGCGACCUAAUCGGCUCUCUCGGUCAAUUAACUCGAGAUAAAAGUCACUACGAUGCAACACGUGCAUAUGCAAUCUCGAAGCUUGCUAACGUUUUGCACACCAAGGAACUUGCUCGCAGACUACAGGAAAUGGAUUGUAACGUGACGGUAAAUUGUGUACAUCCUGGGAUCGUGAGAACUCGUCUCACAAGGGAACAUGAAGGAUUCAUUACAGAUUUCGUAUUCUUUGUGACUUCAAAGCUGUUGAAAACGAUACCUCAGGCUGCUGCAACUACAUGCUAUGUUGCAACAAAUCAAAAACUAGAAAAUGUGAGUGGAAAAUAUUUUUCUGAUUGCAAUGAAGCUUCAAAUUCGGAAAUGGGAUGCAACCGAAAGGAAGCUGCACGAUUAUGGUCGUUCUCUGAAAUCAUGGUUUCUACUAAUUGGAAAGAUGUUUUUGCUCCAUUUCGUUAAAAACACAGUAUCAGUAUCAGUCUCAGUAUCACAGGUUCAAAACAAAACCAAAUUAUAUCACAAAAAAACAGAUAAUUCAAUUUCGGCCUUUGGAUGAAAAAACAUUCCAAAGGUUUAGAUUGAGUUAUGUGACUCUAUGAUAUAUUUUAUUUCUAUUUUGAACCUAAUUGAAGAGAUACAUAUUAUAGUUUAUACACGAAGCAUCAAAUUAGAAAAAUACAAGAUACCUUGAUCGAUGAACAUAUUAUUAUAUGUUUGUCAUGUAAAGACAGGUUAGUUUACAAGUUGUAUGAUAAUAUGAUAUUAUAUAUAAAAGAUAUACAAGUCACAUAUGCAUAUA